UGCGCUUGAAAAUAAGUGCAUAACUUUUAGUGUGUACAGAGUUGAGUUAUCAAGCAAAUAAUAGUGUAACAUUAAGACAGGUGGUCUAUUAAUAGUGUCGAAUUGUUAAAAUCCAUAAAUAGUUUUUGUUUUGUUACAGUAUAUAGAAUAUACAAUAAAUAAACGAAAAUGCAUAAAAUAAGUUUACUUGCCACUCAAAACGUAUCCGCAGUAUUAUAUUCUGUUACUCGGAAUAUUGCUGCUCUGUCAAUGCUGUCAGAGACACAUCAGAUGCUGCACAAAACAUGCAAGGAUUUCGCCGAGGGUGAGUUGAAACCAGUUGCAGCAGAAAUUGAUAAGAAGCAUCUUUUUCCAAAAGAACAAAUAAAAACAAUGGGGGAACUAGGUUUAAUGGGUGUAGCAGUUCCAGAAAGCUCAGGUGGAACUGGAUUAGAUUAUUUAGCGUAUGCUAUUGCCAUGGAAGAAAUAUCUAGAGGCUGUGCAAGCGCAGGUGUUAUAAUGAGUGCUCAUAAUUCCCUUUACCUGGGACCUAUAGAAAAGUUCGGGAAUAGGAGUCAAAUAGAGAAAUAUGUUGCCCCAUUCGCAACAGGCUCAAAAAUUGGAUGUUUUGCCCUUAGCGAAUAUGGUAAUGGUAGCGAUGCAGGUGCUGCAUCCACCACUGCCAUCUUGGAUGACGACAAUUACGUAGUUAAUGGCACAAAAUCGUGGAUAACAAAUGCCUAUGAAUCUGAAGGAAUUGUUUUAUUUGCUACAACGGAUAAACAGAAAAAGCACAGAGGAAUUAGCGCUUUCAUAGCCAAUAAGCCUGCAGAAGGCCUUUCUCUUGGUAAAAAAGAAGACAAGCUUGGGAUUCGAGGUAGCAGUACUUGUUCGUUAAUAUUCGAAGACUGUAAACUACCAGCCGAAAAUUUGUUAGGAGAAAUGGGAAUGGGUUUCAAGAUUGCAAUGAUGACUUUGGAUGCUGGUAGAAUAGGCAUCGCUGCUCAAGCUUUAGGCAUAGCUCAAGCGUCUCUCGACUGUGCUGUCGAAUAUGCAGCAAAACGUCAAGCGUUUGGUAAAUCUAUAAUUAAGCUAUAUGCGAUUCAACAAAAAAUCGCUGACAUGGCACUAAAACUAGAAAGUUCCAGAUUGUUAACAUGGCGCGCAGCUGUACUCAAAGACAACGGUAAACCGUAUGGAAAGGAAGCUGCCAUGGCAAAAUUGUCGGCAUCCGAGACGUCUACCUUCUGUAGUCAUCAGUGCAUACAAAUUUUAGGAGGCAUGGGAUAUGUUACCGACAUGCCGGCUGAACGUCAUUACAGAGAUGCGCGUAUUACCGAGAUCUAUGAAGGUACAUCAGAAAUACAAAGACUCGUCAUAGCCGGAAACAUCAUUAAAGAAUACAAUCUUGUUUGAAUCUUUCGAAUGUUACACGUUUUCUUACCUAAACUUUCUAUGU